AUGUAUAAAAGAUGUCGGGUAGGCCUACACGGAUAAUAAUUCAAUCAAAUUCCUCCAAGAUCAGCACUUACUGAAGUUCGUUCCGUAGUACAUCCCCUCCGCCACAAUGAAGAUUCUCAUAGUUCUUGCUGUCGCUGCGAUCGCUAGUGCAUCACCAGCCCGUUACAAGCGUAACGUAGGCCAGUUCGGCAGCAUGAUAAGUUGCAUGACAGCUCAAGGAUUGUUCCGAUCUUGGAGGGACUACGACGGUUAUGGCUGCUAUUGCGGACUGGGAGGAACUGGGACGCCACUUGAUGAAACAGACGAAUGCUGUGUCACUCACGACAACUGCUACGAUGAUGUUAUGAAAAGUGGGAAAUGUCCGUACGAGAGUCACGUUUACCUUGUACUUUAUAAAUAUACGACAAAAAUGUGCAACACGGGAAGAGCCGCGAUUGCAUGUGCUCCUGCCGAUGACUACCGCCUGACUGACUCCCCGUGGCCAGAAUGUGCUGCCGCUAUGUGUGAGUGCGAUGCGAACGGGGCCAAGUGUUUUGCCCAGGCUUCAGAUACAUAUAACAAAAACUACAAAGACUGGCCUCAGGAAAAUUGUUAGGACAGAUCAUGGAGGAAUUAGUUAAUUCCUCCAUGGACAGAUAAUAUAGGCUUACUUCUGCUUUAUUUAUUUUGAGUUGAUAUGAUCAGUUUUGCUUCCAUUGACUUUCAUCAGUAGGCUAUAAUCUAUCUGCCCAAUAUUUUUCCAUUUAUUUCUGUUCUUCUAAAAGCACUUGUGUAUAUUCUCUGAAUGAAGAACUUGGGAUUUUUGGAUAUUAAAUUCUAAUACUAUAGUA